UUGUUUUCUUCUUCUGAAUAGGAUCGGUAUUUUUUAAAUUUUAGCCGAUCGGUAAAUUUAAUUUGAGAUGGCGGGUUUUGUGAGGACAAUUGUACCGCUGGGUGUUUUCGCAACGACGUUUCUAGUGCAGUUGGUCAAGGCUCAGGACUCCUACGAAUCGCUUCUUUAUGACAAUCGCAAAUUCAGCGAGAAUGUCCCUGAAAAGGCUCACUUCAUACUCUUCUUCGCACCUUGGUGUGGACAUUGCAAAAGACUGAUGCCGACUUGGGAAGAUCUGCAUGCCAAAUACAAUAGCUUGGGUGAAGCGGUUCCGGUGACUGUUGCCAGGGUGGACUGUACCCAGGAAUCUGCUUUGUGCUCUGCCCAAGGCGUCACUGGUUACCCGACAAUGAAGCUGUUUACCCCAAAGAACACGGAAGGAAUCAAGUACCGUGGCCAGCGAGACCUGAACUCACUCGAAAUGUGGCUUAAGGAGCAGCUCGGGUCGGACGUCAAAUUCGACUUGAAAGCGGAGCUGCCGGUGGUGACCAAGUCUGGAGCGGUUUCGCUGACGUCGGAGAAUUAUCAUCAGACAGUCAAGUCCGGGAUUCAUUUUGUCAAGUUUUAUGCACCUUGGUGCUCUCAUUGUCAGCGACUCGCGCCGGUUUGGGACGAUUUGGCGAGGAGUUUGGAAUUUGAUGACAAGGUCAACAUUGCCAAGGUUGAUUGCACGGAGAGCAACGAAAUCUGUCAGAGCGUCAAUGUGAAGGGUUAUCCGACGUUGGCGGUGAUCAAGGAUGGGAGAGUGGUUGAAAGCUACAACGGAGAAAGGACUUUGGACAUGCUGAAGGCGUUUGUGGAUGAAAUGCGAGAGAAGUUGUUGACCAUCCCGGGCCGUGGUAUCCCGUUGUCCGAUGAAAUGGUGCUGAAAGCCAUGCCUUCGGAAAUACCGGCUGUUCCUAAGGACUCCGUGGUAGUGGAAUUGUCUGCUGCGAAUUUUGAAAACGCUGUUGGCACUGGUGUAGCUUUUGUCAAGUUCUAUGCUCCUUGGUGUGGGCACUGCAAGAGGCUAGCCCCGACGUGGGACGAUCUCGCCAAGAAAUUCUUGGGACAAGGGAACGUGAGGAUCUGCAAAGUGGAUUGCACCGAACAAAAAUCCCUGUGUGACCUGCAAGAGGUCGAGGGUUACCCGACCAUGCUUUUGUACAAGGACGGUAAGAAGGUGAAAGAGUACGAUGACAAACGCGAUCUGGACUCGUUGUACCAAGCUGUGUCUCAAUUGCUCAAGGACGAGCUUUGAUCGAGGUUUGGGAGAAAAAAGUAGUCCCGACUCAUCUCGUUUACGAGGAUUUUUUGGAUGAAAGUGACGCGUUGUUUUAUUCUCAAAUAUGUAUCUGUGUGUGUGAGAGUGUGAGUUUAUGAAAAGUUGAGUCGAUGCGUGUAACUCUCCCCAUUUUCUUUAUUUGUUUGAGCGAACACUCGCAUUUGUUUUGUUGUUCUGUUAUUUGUCUUCCUUUUCGAAGCGGCAUUAUGUGGGUUUCAGGAGACGGAUUGGACUUCAGUCCUGCUUUUGAUCGAGGUUCAGCUUGUUCUGGUCAAACGUUGAACGGAAACCGAGGUCGAAUCGCUUUGAAGUACCUGUGCUCGCGUCGUUUUUUGUUUUUACUACAGUAUUUAGAAGUUUUGUCUAGGAUUCAAAGUCAAAAUACGACUGGACUUGGGUAGAUUCAAUUAUCAUUAGUUGGGUAUUUCGUCCUCCUUAUUCGAUGUAACCCUGUCCCCGAUCCCAGGUUUAGCUUUGCAAGGCACGAAAACUGCGACAGAUCUGAUUGUCGGAUGUUAUGCAUAUCAGAAGAGGGAUUUUCAGAGCAGAAAAUUCUUGGUUGGGUAUUAUACAUCUUUUGGAUGCACAAAUGGAAUUUUACCAGCUGUUGUUUCAUUCGUGCUUUUCAACUUUAUUCUCGAGGUGGAAUAUGAUAGGGGUUGUCCAUUUUCCGCGCGACGUCAGAGUGGAAGCUCUCCUGAAUCCGUUUUUCUCGUCUGUUCAAAUGUUUAGAACCAUUUAAAUUUAUUUUGCUUCGGUACGGAAGACGUGGGACCGUUUUCUAAAGAAUUCUGUUCUCGUUUUCUGAAAACAUCACGAGGAACUGUGCCAUUGCGCAUGAAUUCAGGAGGUGGAAAAUGAUUUUGAGAAAAAGUAGGGCUGGUGAAUUUUAUCUGGUUUUCUCGGCGUAAGAGAAAUUGCACCUGUACUUCAUAAUCCUUUAUUCGUGAUUUCGAAUGAAUUAUUUUUUGUUGAGAUACAUACUUCACUCGGUAUGGAAACCGAAAGAUCCGUCGAGACAUGAUAUGAUCAAUUCCCACCCGAAAUCCCUGUAGUUUUUCUGUUCCUUGGCGAAAUCUCGUUCCGUGUCCGUGUGUGCGAUCAACUGAAUUAGGCAGGAAAUCCGUGUUGUUUUGAAUUGACCCUCGUUGGGAUCUCGGGCAGCUCGUGAUUUUUGGGGGGUUUUGGCCUGGUUCGGCGAAAGGAGCUCUUUUGCUGUGAUCCUGUUCGGUUUUAGAUGAAAUGCACUGCCUGUUAGGGGUUGGCA